GAAUUUUUUGAGUUGGCUUAAUUUUCUCUUAGUAUUCAGCCUUAUUUUUAUGAUCUUUUAAAUUUGAUUACAAAUGAGUCAGAUGACAAUUACAAACUUAGCAAUUUGUGAGGAAACGGAUCUGCUAGUAGUCUUACUUUGUGAAGCAAGAUUUUUGGCCUUCGAGGGGAAACAACGCAUCACAAAUUUUCCUAGAUCACUGUAUACGCCCACCGCAAUUUGAUGAUGUAUUUAGCAAGACGUGAGGAUUAAAGCAUCCAGCCACAGGAAGAUUAACGAUUGUCUCAGCAAAAAAAACCCAGAAGAUUAACAAGUGUAUUUAGCAAUAGCAUUACACAACCUAAAGCCCAAUGCGGAUUUACUCACACUCAAAAUAUUUGUGAGUGUACUUAGACGUGGAACAUUACUAUAUACACACUGAAAAACAAAAAUAUAAGGUAUUUAAUUGUAUUUCCUAAUAUACUUUCCAGUCCAUGUUUGUUUCCUUCUUCCUGCUCGUUUUACAGCCAAAAUCACCGACCAAAACCAAAAGCAGUGACCCAAAAUGGCUUCCUUUCUUACUUCGACGCUGUUCCUGCAAAAACCCAUUUCUUAUUCUGCUCCUAUAAGUAUUAUGCGCAGAAGUAGAGGAGCUCCAGCUUUAAUAAUGGCCAUGGCAAUCUCUGAAGAUGAUAAUGCUUCUUCUCAGAAAUCGACCAAGUUGAUUACUUUCUUGGGCAAAGGCGGUUCAGGAAAGACCACUUCGGCUGUAUUUGCUGCUCAGCAUUAUGCAAGUUCUGGCCUUAGCACAUGCUUGGUGAUACAUACUCAAGACCCUACAGCUGAGUAUCUUUUAAACUGUAAGAUUGGAAGUUCUCCUAUAGUAUGCAACAGCAACCUUUCAGCUCUUAGGUUCGAGACUACCAAAAUGCUUCUUGAACCUCUCAAUCGCCUAAAGAAAGCGGAUGCCCGCCUCAACAUGACCCAAGGAGCACUCGAAAGGAUAAUAGGAGAAGAGCUUGGAGUGCUUCCUGGGAUGGAUCCUAUUUUCUCCUUAUAUUCUCUUGAGAGGCUUGUGGGAUUUCUAAGGAAUGUUGCUCAAAAGAACCACAACGAAGAUAAAUUUGAUGUAAUAAUAUAUGACGGUAUGAGCUCUGAGGAAAUUUUAAGGAUGAUAAGUUCAGCCAGUAAAGCAAGAUUAUACUUAAAAUAUAUGCGAAACCUGGCUGAGAAGACUGACCUUGGGAGGUUGGCUGGUCCUUCACUUCUGCGACUUGUAGAUGAAGCAAUGAAUAUUAGUGGAAGCCAGUCUGUUCUCAAUGGGAAGAUAAGUGCAGAGAUAUGGGAUGCUCUGGAAAGAUGGUUGGAGAGGGGGUCAUCUGCAUUCUCAGGAUCGCAAAGAUUUGGAUGCUUCUUAGUGAUGGAUCCAGACAAUCUGGUCUCUGUAAAUUCUGCAUUACGCUAUUGGGGUUGUGCAAUUCAAGCUGGUGCACAUGUUUCUGGUGCAUUAGGCAUUGGUUCUCCACAUUUGAAUACAGAAUCAGUGGAAAGAGCUAAGAAAACCUUUUCUCCAUUGCCUUUUGCUUCCAUUCCACAUAUCUCAGUUGGCUCCGCUCUAGACUGGAAAAAAAUUUUGCUGAAAGAUGUGAAUGGUGCACGAGAGCUACUUUCUGUGCCAGGAAGUGGCAGCAGCAGCAUAAUUUCACCAGUGAAGUUUGAUGCAGCCAAGAAAUCAGUAACUCUUCUCAUGCCUGGCUUUGACAAGUCAGAGAUCAAGCUAUACCAAUAUAGGGGUGGAUCUGAGUUAUUGGUGGAAGCAGGAGAUCAAAGACGUGUCAUUAAAUUGCCUUCUCAAAUUCAAGGGAAGGUUGCUGGUGCUAAGUUCAUAGAAAGAAGUGUUGUAAUCACAAUGCGGUAAUUUAUCAACAAUUAUAGUUUAGCUGUUUUAGGGCCUUUGGCCCUGAUUUCACCCCAAAAAAAUGGAGGGGAAAAAAAAAAAAAAAAAAACAAAAACAAAAACAAAAACAAAUAUAGGAUCCUAAUUCUUUCAAAAGUUGCUGCAACAUAGUUCCAUUUUUAUUGCAAUGUUGCUUCUUUUGCAUAAAAGUUUUUGAAAUUCUUAUAUUUAAAUUAUCACGUUUUCAUAUAAAUACAAACAGUUGAAUUGCAAUUAGCGUUUAUCUUCUUAAUGUCAGUUUGCAUGUGAAAUUUUAAAAAAUUGUCAAGGUUAGCUUUGCAACAAAGUUAAAUCACUUAUCCAAAUCGAAAUUAUAUAUUGAUUUUUUUAUUUGGAAUGUAAUCAAUAUGUGUUAUUUUAUUUUAUUUUUCUUGUGGCUUAAACUGGGAUUAACAGUUCUACAAUAUUCAAUA